CCCGCCACGGUCAGUAAUUAAAACCUUCACAAAACCCUACUUAGUUUUCGAUAUCAUCUCUCUUCGAGCUCUGCUUCUUUCUUCUCUUCCCCGAAAUAUGAACAGAGUUCCGAUUUCGGUUUUUCGGGGAACCAAACGCAAAUUCAGAUAGAGUUGGACUUGCAGCUCAGUUCCGCUGCUGCUUUACUUAGUGCUGUGUGACCCUUAUCGGGAUGUCUUGGGAAGACGAGAUUGUGAUGCGUGAUGUCACAAAUGCGGGUCUCGUUGUGAGCGAUCGCAUUGGGCGAGAAGUUGCGUUGCAACUCGACCUCGAAGAAUCGCUAGAAGCCUCAAGAUAUGCUAGUCAUCCUUAUUCUGCUUACCCAAAAGAGUGGCCCUCUUUAGUUGAGGUAGUGGAUACUCGGGAGUUGCCUCCUGUGCUUAUUGAGAGAUACAAUGCGGCUGGUGGGGAAGGAACUGCUUUAUGUGGAAUAUUUCCAGAAAUUCGCCGGGCAUGGGCAUCUGUGGACAAUUCCUUGUUUCUUUGGCGUUUUGAUAAGUGGGAUGGCCAAUGUCCUGAAUAUAGAGGGGAGGAACAAGCUAUUUGUGCUGUUGGUCUUGCAAAAUCAAAGCCAGGGGUCUUUGUUGAAGCUAUCCAAUAUCUUUUAAUUUUAGCAACACCUGUGGAGUUGAUUUUAGUAGGAGUGUGCUGCUCUGGAGGAACAGAUGGUUCAGAUCCAUUUUCUGAAGUUUCAUUACAGCCUUUGCCUGAUUAUACCGUACCAUCUGAUGGUAUCACAAUGACUUGUGUGACAUGUACUGAUAAGGGUCGAAUUUUCCUUGCUGGUCGUGAUAGCCAUAUAUAUGAGCUUCUUUAUUCCACUGGCUCAGGCUGGCAAAAACGUUGUAGAAAAGUCUGCCUCACUGCUGGUUUGGGAAGCGUCAUUUCAAGAUGGGUCAUACCAAAUGUAUUUAAUUUUGGAGCUGUUGAUCCAAUUGUUGAAAUGGUUUUUGAUAAUGAGAGGCAAAUAUUGUAUUCACGAACUGAAGAAAUGAAGCUUCAGGUUUAUGUUCUUGGACCUAAUGGUGAUGGUUCAUUAAAGAAAGUGGCUGAAGAAAGGAAUCUCGUCAGUCAGAGGGAUGCACAUUAUGGAGGUAGACAAUCAUCAGGACCAAGAACCUCAAGUCGAUCACCAAAGCCAUCUAUUGUUUGUAUCUCACCUUUGUCUACACUUGAAUCAAAGUGGUUACAUCUUCUUCUUGUUCUAUCAGAUGGUAGAAGGAUGUACCUAUCUACCUCUCCUUCUAGUGGAAGCUUGAGUGGGUUCAACAAUAACCAUCAUAAGCCAAGCUGUUUAAAGGUUGUCACAACAAGGCCCUCUCCUCCUUGGGGUGUUAGUGGCCUUGCCUUUGGAGCUGCAUCUCUUGCAAGUAGACCUCAGAAUGAGGAUCUCUCCCUGAAAGUUGAGUCAGCCUAUUAUUCUGCUGGGACUCUUGUCCUUUCUGAUGCAUCUCCACCAAGCAUGUCUUCACUCCUUGUUUUGAACAGAGAUUCAAGCAUGCACUCAUCCGUGUCAGGAAAUUUAGGGACAACCGUGAGAAGUUCUCGGGCAUUGCGGGAAUAUGUAUCUUCUUUACCAGUCGAAGGUCGAAUGCUUUUUGUGGCAGAUGUCUUACCCUUGCCAGAGAUUGCAUCUACACUUCAGUCUCUAUAUUCAGAAAUAGAGUUUGGUGGAUAUGAGAACUCAAUUGAGUUAUGUGAAAGGGCUUCUGGCAAACUUUGGGCAAGGGGUGACCUCUCAACCCAAACUAUAUUGCCAAGGAGGAGAAUUGUCAUCUUUAGCACUGUGGGCAUGAUGGAAAUCGUUUUUAAUAGGCCAGUGGACAUUCUAAGACGGUUGUUUGAGUCAAACUCUCCAAGAUCAAUUUUAGAAGAUUUCUUUAAUCGUUUUGGUGCUGGAGAGGCAGCUGCUAUGUGUCUAAUGCUAGCUGCAAGAAUAGUGCCUUCCGAAAAUCUUAUUAGCAAUGUUGUUGCUGAAAAGGCAGCUGAAGCUUUUGAGGACCCAAGACUUGUUGGAAUGCCACAACUUGAAGGUACUAGUGGAUUAUCAAACACAAGAACUGCAGCCAGUGGAUUCAGUAUGGGCCAGGUUGUCCAUGAGGCUGAGCCAGUGUUUUCAGGUGCACAUGAAGGGCUCUGCUUGUGUUCAUCAAGGUUACUUUUUCCUGUGUGGGAACUUCCUGUAUUGGUUGUAAAAGGUACCUUAGGUCCUUCAGGAACUUUGGCAGAAAAUGGGGUGGUUGUUUGUAGACUCUCUGUUGGGGCUAUGCAAGCCCUUGAGAACAGAAUUCGAUCUUUAGAGAAAUUCUUACGGUCUAGAAGGAACCAGAGGAGGGGACUUUAUGGUUGUGUUGCGGGGUUAGGAGAUCUAAGUGGUUCCAUUCUUUAUGGUAAUGGCUCUGCAUUAGGUGCUGAUGAUCGGAAUAUGCUAAGAAACUUAUUUGGUGCAUAUUCAAGAAAUAUGGAAUCCAGUGGUGGUGGAACAUCCAAUAAAAGGCAACGAUUGCCAUAUAGUCCUGCAGAACUGGCUGCCAUGGAGGUGAGAGCAAUGGAAUGCAUUAGGCAGUUACUUCUUAGAUCUGGUGAAGCGCUGUUUUUGCUCCAACUUCUUUCUCAGCAUCAUGUAACCCGGUUGCUUCAGGGAUUUGAUAGUAACCAACAGCAAGCGCUGGUUCAGUUGACGUUUCAUCAACUUGUUUGUUCUGAAGAUGGUGAUCGUCUUGCUACGAGACUUGUAUCUGCUCUGAUGGAGUAUUACACUGGUCCUGAUGGCAGGGGAACUGUAGAUGAUAUUAGUGGGAGAUUAAGAGAGGGCUGUCCAAGCUACUAUAAGGAGUCUGAUUACAAGUUCUUCUUAGCUGUGGAAGCUUUGGAGAGAGCUGCUGUGACUAUAGAUGUCAAGGAAAAGGAGAAUCUGGCAAGGGAAGCAUUCAAUCUCUUAAGUAAAGUUCCAGAGUCUGCUGAUUUACGGACUGUUUCCAAGCGAUUCGAGGAUUUAAGAUUUUAUGAAGCUGUGGUGCGCUUACCUCUUCAAAAGGCACAGGCUCUGGAUCCUGCAGGUGAUGCUUAUAAUGAUGAAAUUGAUGCAUCUGUCAGAGAACAAGCACUUGCAAAGCGUGAACAAUGUUAUGAAAUAAUUAUAAAUGCUUUGCGGUCUCUGAAGGGAGGUGCGCCCCAGAAGGAAUUUGGUUCCCCCAUCAGAUCUGCUGCUUCACAAUACACUCUUGAUCCAGCCUCUCGGAAAAAAUAUAUAUACCAGAUAGUUCAACUUGGUGUCCAGUCGCCUGAUCGAAUUUUCCAUGAAUAUUUAUACCAGGCUAUGAUUGAUUUGGGUCUUGAGAAUGAGUUGUUAGAGUAUGGAGGUCCUGAUUUGCUGCCCUUUUUGCAAAGUGCUGGUCAUGAAGCUACGCAAGAGGUUUGUGCUGUGUCCACCACAACUUCUCCCCAGGGGCAAUCAGGAGCACCUAUGUCGUCUAAUCAGAUCAAGUACUAUGAACUUUUGGCACGGUAUUAUGUCUUGAAGCGGCAACAUAUGCUAGCAGCUCAUGCAUUGCUAAGAUUAGCUGAGAGGCGUUUUGUUGAUGGAGUUCCUGCUUUGGAACAGAGGUUCCAAUACCUGAGUAAUGCAGUUUUACAGGCAAAGAGUGCUAGUAACAGUGAUGGCUUGAUUAGCUCUACUCGGGGUUCCAUUGACAGUGGAUUCCUAGAUUUGCUUGAAGGGAAGCUUGCUGUUCUUCAGUUUCAAAUAAAAAUCAAAGAGGCAUUGGAGGCUAUUGCAUCCAGAUCAGAGGUUUCACCUGCAGUGUCUGAUUCUGUCCCAAAUGGUUUAGUUCCUGAAAGAAGUAACGCUGCUGAUGCUAAUAUUGCAAAUGCGGUGCGAGACAAAGCCAUAGAGCUAUCAUCAGAUGUAAAGAGUAUAACACAAUUAUAUAAUGAAUAUGCUGUUCCUUUUGAGCUUUGGGAGAUAUGCCUGGAGAUGCUGUAUUUUGCCAAUUAUUCCAGCGAUGCUGACAGCAACAUUUUAAGAGAAACUUGGGCUAGACUUAUUGAUCAAGCUCUUUCAAGAGGUGGCAUUGCUGAAGCUUGCUCUGCACUCAAAAGGCUUGGUCCACGCAUUUAUCCAGGUGACGGAGCUGUUAUACCACUUGACACGAUCUGCCUUCACCUAGAGAAAGCUGCAAUGGAGAGGUGGAGUUCAGGUGCUGAAUCUGUGGGAGAUGAAGAUGUUGCAAGAGCCCUUCUUUCUGCUUGUAAAGGUGCUCCUGAACCAGUGUUGAACACAUAUGAUCAAUUAUUAUCAAACGGGGCUAUUUUGCCUUCGCCAAACCUAAGAUUAAGGAUCCUGAGAUCAGUACUAGUGGUACUUCGUGAGUGGGCAAUGUCUGUAGUUGCACAGAGGAUUGGUACCAGUACCACUGGGGCUUCCUUAAUACUAGGCGGAGGAUUCUCAUUGGAGAGAACAGUUGUUAACCAAGGAGUUCGGGAUAAGAUUGCUAGUGCAGCAAACAGGUAUAUGACUGAAGUGCGAAGAUUGGCCCUGCCGCAGAGUCAGACGGAAGCUGUUUACAGAGGCUUUAAAGAACUUGAAGAAUCACUCAUAAGUCCUUAUUCUUUUGAUCGCUUUUGAUCUCUGUUCCUUGUCAAGUUGUUGUAUCAAUUGCUCUCGUCAAAUAAUAAGUUUCUCGUUUUUCAUAUCAGAUAUAGCAUGUGAUGAUGUGUAUCAAUUGCCUGUUCUAUAUUCGAUCCAGUUUUGUAGGCUGCUCGGAAAAGCUUGUUUGAAUGUAUAAUCCAAAACACUACGGAAAUUAUUUAUCUCGCUUCUUUUCCAUUAAUCAACAACGUAGCUUGAGAAUUAGUUCUCACUUUCGAAA